AUGCCUGAUAAAUCGACGUCAAAAAUUGAAAUGAUUAAUGAGUGUCGAUUAUGUUAUGAAAUCAAAGAUUUUGAACAAAAUUAUUCCGUUGAUGAAGCAAUAUCUUGGUAUACACGUGAUUCAUUUCUAUUUCGUACUUUAAAUAAAGCACUUCGAACAGAGAAUAUUGAUAUUGUAUUUAAAUUUCGAUUUUUUUUUCUUACUGAUCUUCUUAAUCAACUCAAAUUCCUACAUAAUGAAUUUAUGGAGUUACUCGAUGAUAUGGUUUUAACUGUUUUCUCGUGGCGGAUUCGACCAUUAAGAGAAUCAGUUUUAUUUCAAAUUAAAAUUUAUACACAAGAUAACCUUAAACCUUUUGCGAAUAUAAAAGAAAAAAGUUUUAUGAAAGAUGAAGAUGAAAUUUUAUUUUCUUUGGGUACGAUAUUUCGAAUUGAAUCAGUUGAAAGUUUAGAUCAAUAUGUGUGGCUUGUAAAUUUAAUAUUAAGUGGUGAUGAAGAUCAACAAUUACAAAACCUACGAAAAUAUUUUCAAGAUAAUUUAGAUCAAACUUCAAGUAUUAAUGAUUUAGGAGAUUUCUUAUACAAAAUAGGAGAUUAUAAUAGAGCACAAAAUUAUUAUCGUAUACUCUUAAAUAAAUAUCCGUCUGAUCAUCGUGAUCUUGUCAUGAUUUAUUGCAAUAUGGGCGUAUUACAACAUUGUCAAAAUAAUUAUCGGGAAGCAUCAAAUUAUUUUACAACAGCUUUUCUUCUUCUAGCUAAUUCUUUACCAUUUAAAAAUGAUCAUGAUCAUAUUGAUUUUGCCACGCUUAACUAUAAUCUUGCAUGUUCAAUUGCUAAAUUUCAAGGAUAUAGAGUAGCAUUAUCGAUAUUCAAAAGAGCUCUUGAUCGUCUAAAUAAAUAUGUACGGACUAAUCAUCCAUCACUCAUAAACAUGUAUAAUGGUUAUGCUUUAGCUAACGCUGACAAUGGUCUUUUUGGAAUGGCUAUUUUCUAUCAUACUGUAGCUUUAACUAUUGCAGAAACAAUGACACCCAUAAAUCAACUUGAUCUUGCCAAUACAUAUUAUAGUAUGGGAUUAACAUAUAAAUUAAAGAAAGAUUAUUCUCAAGCACUAGAUUCUUUUCAAAAAUCUGUUCAUAUUAGACGAUUAUGUUUACCAGAAAAUCAUCCGGAUUUAGCUGAUGUCUGUCAUAAUAUUGCACAUAUCUAUAAUUAUCAAGGUCAUUAUGAAUUAACAUUACAAACAUAUGAGAAAGUUCUUGAAAUUUAUCUCAAAUCUCAUUUAAUCAAUUAUUGUUGUCUUACAAUGGUUCAUAUUGAUAUUGGUAAUGUACAUAGAAAUAAUGGUAAUUAUGAUAUAGCAAUGAACAAAUAUAAACAAGCACUUGAAAUAAUAGAAAAUAAUCCAACAGAAUAUUGUAAUAAUCUAGCACAAGUUUAUAUGAAUAUUGGUCUUCUCUAUGAAUGUCAACACUCGCAUUCUGAGGCGUUAGCGUACUUAGAAAAAGCUGCCUCAGCAGUCAAAAAACUUUGGGCGAAAGAUCAAUUAGAUUUAGCUAUCAUAUACAAUCAUAUGGGUUUGAUACAUUGCAAAAAUCAAAAUCAUCAGGUAGCAAUAGAAAAUCUUAAGAAAUGUCUUGAUAUACGAUUAAAUUUCUUAUAUUCUACUCAUUCGGAUAUAAUAGCCACUUAUAAUGAUAUCGAUCAAGUAAAUGAACUCAAACAAACUCUGACAGACUUGAAAGAAACAACUGAAGUGAAAGAACGAAAAGAUGAACCAAAUGAUUCCUUUCUUCCUUCUCCAACGUCCAAUAAACUCAAAGUUGUUCUACAGCAAAAUAUUUGUGCAGCAAAUGACACUUUUGAUAAUAUUCACGAACAUUCGGAUUCUGAUAACGAAGUACUCGAUUUAAGAAUUACAAAAACGUUAAAAAAUUAA